AUGUCGAAGAUGGAUAAGAUAGCUGUGGCUUUCAACGAAGCAGCACUGCUACACGAGACCAGCGGCAGCGAGCAUUCUCCGGAGGACCCGACCGACUUGUCGGAUCUCGUGAAUUCGUUCUUCGAGAGUGGUGGUGGUUUUGAUGUUGAAACCGAUGAAGCGGUGACAUUUCAUCAAGAGCGAGACGUCUCCGAUGAUUAUUGUCGGAUUCCGAAACGAAAAAUGAUUAAGAAAGAGACAGAACAUGCAUGUGAGAUGUCCGUAGGGUACGGGUUAUCCGAGGAUUUCAAGCGUCGGUUGAUGUCUCAUCUACGCGACAAGGGCUUUGAUGCUGGUUUGUGCAAAACCCGGUGGGACAAACUAGGACGAAAUCUACUCUCGGUUGCCUACGAAUACGUAGAUGAAUAUACUAAUGGAUCUCGUUACAUUGUCGAAAUAAAUCUCGGGGCUCAGUUCGAAAUAGCUCAACCAACAACCAGUUAG